ACAGUGGAUCAGAUGGUGAAGAGAUACGCCCCUGAGGGAGCUGUGAUGAUCACACUGAACACAAUGAGGAGGAUGGACCUGGGUGAUCUUGUUGAGAAGUUAGAGAGAGAUCACAUAGGAGUCCUCCAGGCCCCUCAAAAAACAUUGAAGGAAAUGCCAAGCUCCUCAUCUCCUAAUCCUCCUAGAACCCCAGAUUCUUCUCUCCUCCUGGAACCCAAUGAUCCCUUUGUUGGACAGGCCUUCAACUUGUCAUCAUCGACUGGGACAAUGGAAGAAGAGAGCCAGGACUGUGUCAGAGUGUCUGACAGCUCAGCUGAGGCCAUGGAGGAGUUAAGCAUCACAGAGUGUAGAGUAGUAGACCAGAGCCUGUGUACUACUGAUCCUCCCAUGAGGUCUCUUGAAAACUUUGAAGCAGAAAUCUACGAUCAUGAGGGCAAGGGAGCAUACAGGUUCCAGUGCCCCAAUGCAGGUCUGUUCCAGUGCAGUAUAACAGGCCUGGUGUUCAGGAUGGAGGGAGAAGGAGAGGUGCUCUAUAGGACAGUCCACUGGGACAGGAGGCUUCUAUUCCAGAGAGGAAAGAGACCUGCAGGACCUCUGUUCAUGUUUAGAUGCCUUAAGGGGUCUGUCAAUCAACUAUACCUUCCACACUGUGAGAUUCAUUCUGAGGGUGGAUGUGACUUCCUGUCUGUAGCCCAUGUGACUGAUGAUGACAGUAUGGAGUUUCUCCUUCCCCAUGAGGCAACAGAAUCUCACGUCAUAUUAAACAUCACUGGAUUCAGCAAAUAUGGCAUCACCAAGGAGCAGGAAGCUCCUGUCUCUCCUAUCCGUGCUCUGGUGCUACUAUUUUACCAACUCCCAGAUGAUAACAAUAGUUCCACCCUAAAUGUGUUGUUGCUGCCCAGAAAUGUUGACAUUGAUGAGGUGUGUAAGACCAGGAGGACAAGGAAUGGAGACAGAGAAAUCUACAUUGAAAAAAAUCCUAACUGUAGACUAACCCCAGACCAAAAAUACACCCUCUCCACCGAUCUAACAGAUGAACAUCACAUAGAUCCACAGGAAGCAGAGUUUGUGGAUUAUGAUUCCUAUACAAACUACAUGCCGACAUUUCAGUUGUAUUUAAAAACUGUUGUUGAAGAAGUGGAUCUUCUUCUGGAAGAACAUGGUGGUCCUGAAAAUGAACGUGUAUGGGACCGCCUUGUUUCACUACCAGGUAACUGAAACUCAGAGAGAGUAGGAGUUACAAUAUAACUAGUUGUAAUUAGUAGUUGUAGUAAAUUAAAGUAUAUGGGACCGCCUUGUUUCACUACCAGGUAACUGAAACUCAGAGAGUAGGAGUUACAAUAGAACUAAUAGUAAUAGUAGCAUUUUACAUUACAUUAUUAACAGUCAUUGUAGUAGUAGUGAUAACAGUAGUAGUAGUGAUUGCAGUAGUAGUAGUAGUAGUAGUGAUAACAGUAGUAGUAGUGAUAUUAGUAGUAGUGAUAUUAGUAGUAGUAGUAGUGAUAUUAGUAGUAGUAGUAGUGAUAUUAGUAGUAGUAGUAGUGAUAUUAGUAGUAGUAGUAGUGAUAUUAGUAGUAGUAGUAGUAGUGAUAUUAGUAGUAGUAGUGAUAACAGUAGUAGUAGUAGUAGUGAUAACAGUAGUAGUAGUAGUAGUGAUAACAGUAGUAGUAGUAGUGAUAACAGUAGUAGUGAUAACAGUAGUAGUGAUAACAGUAGUAGUGAUAACAGUAGUAGUGAUAACAGUAGUAGUGAUAACAGUAGUAGUGAUAACAGUAGUAGUGAUAACAGUAGUAGUAGUAGUGAUAACAGUAGUAGUAGUAGUGAUAACAGUAGUAGUAGUAGUGAUAACAGUAGUAGUAGUAGUGAUAACAGUAGUAGUAGUAGUGAUAACAGUAGUAGUAGUAGUAGUGAUAACAGUAGUAGUAGUAGUAGUGAUAACAGUAGUAGUAGUAGUAGUGAUAACAGUAGUAGUAGUAGUAGUGAUAACAGUAGUAGUAGUAGUAGUGAUAACAGUAGUAGUAGUAGUAGUGAUAACAGUAGUAGUAGUAGUGAUAGCAGUAGUAGUAGUGAUAGCAGUAGUAGUAGUAGUGAUAACAGUAGUAGUAGUGAUAACAGUAGUAGUAGUGAUAACAGUAGUAGUGAUAACAGUAGUAGUAGUAGUAGUGAUAACAGUAGUAGUAGUAGUAGUGAUAACAGUAGUAGUAGUAGUAGUGAUAACAGUAGUAGUAGUAGUAGUGAUAACAGUAGUAGUAGUAG